AUGUCGAAACGCAACUUUAGGAUCUUCGACGCAGAGGACGUUUCAUCUCACAAAUCCUCUUCUAGCUGCUGGGUAUCUCGAAACCAGCGGGUUUACGACGUCACCUCUUUCUUGCCUGACCAUCCUGGAGGUGAUGACAUUGUGCUCAAACACGCAGGACAAGAUAUAGGAGCAGUCAUGACUGACAAGCUCGAGCAUGAGCAUUCUGAUUCAGCAUAUGAAAUGAUGGAGGAAUUUUGCAUUGGGAGGCUGGGUAGCGACGAGAACAUUGUGGAUGAAAACUGGGUUGCGACGGAAGAUUUUCAUCCAGAAGAUACCGAGGUUGAAAAGGAUUUCGAGAAACAUCAGUUCAUUGACCUUCGGAAACCUUUGCUCCGCCAGGUCUGGGAAGGAAAUUUCAGUAAACACUAUUACCUUCGUCAGAUCCACCAACCACGACAUGUAACAGACACAGCUCGCAUGUUCGGUCCUUCCUAUCUUGAAGUUUUCACUCGCACUAAGUGGUACGUGGUACCCAUUUUCUGGCUGCCAAUAACCGCGUACCUCUUCCUGCGCUCCGCCUUCGGAUUUGUCAUGCCUCUACCCUCCUUCACGCACGACCCCUCACUCCCACUGGGGAAGCUGGACCGAGUCACCUCUGAAGCAUUCGCAAAAGCCCUAGUCUGUUUCCUUCUCGGCAAUUUUAUUUGGACGGCCUUGGAAUAUCUUCUACACCGGUUCUUGUUCCAUCUCGAUGAUUACCUACCGGAUAAACCGGCGUUUUUAACGUUACAUUUCCUAUUGCACGGGGUCCACCAUUACCUUCCGAUGGACAGGCUACGCUUAGUGAUGCCCCCAGUCCUAUUUGGCGCUCUGGAAUGGCCUUUUACUCGUCUGGGAUACAUACUUUUCCCUGUUGCGGUCGCUAAUGGGAUCAUUUCCGGGGCGUUUUUCUUCUACGUCCUGUACGACUGCAUGCACUACGCUCUACACCACACCAGGCUCCCUACCUAUCUGAGAGAGAUGAAGAAAUACCAUCUCGGUCAUCAUUACAAAAAUUACGAGCUCGGUUUCGGUGUUACCAGUAAAUUCUGGGAUGUCGUGUUCGGUACUUAUCUUGAAGUGUAG